CAUCUCCCUAAGGUUUCGAUAUGUUCAAACUUUUUAAGAGCUGGGGAAUAGUUUUCCUCAGGGAAACUCUUUUCACCAUUUCCCUCUUGUCUCAUUUACUAAAAAACCCAGUGCUUUGAACUUAAAAGGAAUCACACAGAAAUGAUGGGUUUAUGAACAUGACAAGGAGAAUGGUGUCCGACAUUUUUUUUCCUUUAGAAGUAUGUUCAGGUUUUCUCGUUGUGAAUUUAGGCAUGCUAAAUUCUCCAUUCUUUUUUUUAACCACAUACAGAAAAACGCUGCCUUUAUAGUUUACAUCAACAUAAAAUAUAAGCCUGUUCCUUGUGAUCCGAGCAGAAUGAUUCUGUAUGUCAGAGCUUAACAAGGAGUUUAACUUCAGGAGAGCAAGGUCUUAAAGGUGAACUACAAAGCACAGAGAAAUUAUGCUUUUGUGCCCUGUAGUUAACUAAAGGGGGAACGGUGGGAUGUAGAGUAUAUUCUGGGGGGCAUCUAAGAAGCCACAGGAUAAUUCUGCAAGCCUUCUUCCUUCCUCAUCCUCUUUUCUCUUGCUUCUCCCCUAUGCUUUCUCCCCAUUCUGUAACCCCCAUGCAGGGUGCAAUACUGGCUCUGUGCAAGCACUCCAUGGUUGGGCUGGGGUUUUUACCCCGACAGAGCAGUUCACCUUCAAACAAUUCUUGAAAGUGAGCUUCAGAUAGCCUUGGGCAUUUUGGCUUGAAAUUUUUGAAAAAAAGUGAGUAUAUUAGCUUCAUUGCUAAAGUCAAUUAUGCUUUCAAAUACACUGGACUUUACUUCAGCAUUAUUUUUAAUAUUGUUUGUAAUUUGCGUAUCUUUGUCCUUACCUUUAGAUUAGAAGACCAAAAAUGCCACGAAGGCUUAGAAUCAUAAAGCAACUGAAGGUGGUGUUUGGAUAACAUCCUGCCUGAGUCUCACCCCUACACAGCACCUCCUCAGAGCCAGCACAGACCUGGGCAAUGUCAGGUAGGAGAUUACUUCUGUUUCUGUGAGAGGGGUAGAAAUAUGUACUGAACGUGGUGUGCCUUGUGUAACAAGGUAAGGUUGUCUUUUCCUUGGAACUCUAGUUCCCUUCUACUUGCACUUCUAAUGGUCUGGGCUAUGCUUUGACCUGGACAUCUGGCAAAGACGCCAAUACUCAGGCUAGCAGGGUCAAAUCCAGGCAUCUGUCGGGUCUGACUUUAGGGUUGUUUCUGGAGCUGGAAGAAUGCAGAAUAGUGAUGACUCUGGCACAAAUUUUCCUUUAUAAAGGACAAUAGAGGUAAUAAUCAGAACAAUUAUGCAAAACUUACUAAAACUUUCAGGAAUUUACAAGUAGGUACUGGUAAAUACUCAAGUACCAAUUGGUGGGAUUGCAAGUGCAAGCCCUUUUUUAAUCCAAACAAAGCAAAGAACAAACACCAAGAGACCAUGAGAAAAGUGGUUACACUGAUAUAAAAAAGUGCAGCUGAAGGAAGAAGUGGUUGCUGAAUGUUAGCAAAUACAAACAGUGCGGUAAGGAAGAUCUAUAAAAAUAAGUACAAACAAGCCAAAGGAUAAGUGGGGGAAUAAGACUUUACUCUCAAAUUGUAGAUUACUCCUUACUAACAUCAGGAGGUACUUCCAGUAUCUUCUUAUUGAAUUGUAACCAGAGGAAAGGCUGUUUGAAAAACACUGAAAAACACUGUGUGCAUGUUUAUACUGCUUUUACGAAGUCCUUUUCCUCAGCAGUUAUCUCUCCAUCUGUUUCCACUUCAGCUUUAUAGUUAUAUUUGACUCACGGCAGGUCAAAAAGAAGGGGGGCUUUCUGGCUGUUGACAAACAGUGUCUGUAAUGCUCUAAGGGGUUGCCUCUGCGGGUGCCUUCCCUCCGUGCCUGACAGGGGAUGGGGCAGAAGCAUGGCUUAUCCUCAUCCUACCUACCAUCUCCUUCGGGGCCGAGAAGCCAACUCCUGUCUUUGACCAGCCCACUCUACCAACGCCCAUUGCCUCCUGCCAGCUUUUCGAACCCAUGCCUCCAUGCUCUGUCUCACGCUGUCCCCAGCACUCAGGAGAAGCUCUCUGUAAACAUCUGCAGAGCUGCCUCAUAAUCUUUCUUCAGUCCCUCCUUAAAACUCUGCUUUUGCCACAUUGCCUCCAUGAGUUUGCAUGAGGCCUACUAGAUUGACAAGUAUUUGUUUCACCACUUCCUUAGGCUUGUUCUCUCUGCUUUUCUGCCUAUCUGCCGCAACUUUUCCUAACUUUAAACCGUAAGUUUCUGGCGGCUAGGACUGUCUUCUCAUGUGCUAUUUAAACAAGGUCUCAUACAAAGACUGCCAUUCCUGACAUGGACACCUCUUGGCUCUCCAAUGCAAUACAAAUCAGCUGUGGCAGUUGUUAAUAUAUUAAAUUCAGUUUUUGCUGGAUUGAGAUCUUCCCCAAGAAACAUCCUUACGAUCAGGACCAAAGUCUUAGCAAGGGCUAUGGAGGUCCAGAGGGAAGAGAUGACCCACGGUUUGAUGUACUUGUAACAGCCUGGGUGAUGCAGGAGGCACAUCUGUCUUGCACAGAACCCUGCUCAUCACCUUCAUACCCAGCUUCAGGAUUAAUGAAUUUAGUGGCAAACCCAUGUCAUGCAUCCCUGUGGGCAGGCCAUCAACUGAGAAGAAGCAGCUAAGGACUGGACCCUAAAUGGUAUUUAGGCUCCUAACUCAUAUUUAAGUGACCAGUAUACCCCAAUUCCAAUAGGAAGGGAGGCUCCCAGAUUUGAGUUAUUUUUUAAAAACUGGUACUCCCUGGUCACUCAGGCAUAGUACAGUCAGACAGUAAUGUAAGGAUUUGUAUCACUUUAAUUAAUGGAUGAUAUACAGCUUUCCUAAAAGACCAAGAAACUUCAUAGUGACAUUACAGCCCUUGUGCUAAAUGGGUACAGCUCCCCUGCUUCUCAGGGCUGCAUUAGAAGAUGUCUUUGGAAGAAACCAAAACAUUGGCUGUGGUUGCCUCACCAGUUCUUCUGCAACCCGGCUUUGCAUUCGGAAAAGCAUUUGAGUCAUAAAAGUCAAUAGUUACAGAAACUCUGGUGCUUUGUGGGAAGGAGACAACAGUGAAACAGAACCGUGGGUGAGGGUGGGUGGGAGGUAGAAGCAGGAUACGAUCACUGGGGAACGGACUCUCCGAGUCCUCACUAAACACUGUGCAGGUUUUGGUGGAUGGACCGUGUUUCUGUCAACACCACAGGCUCUAAUCUUAUUGUCCACCCUGCUUAUCAGAUCCUGCAGGCUAAUACAAUAUAACUGUCCUUAGAUCAAACACACACAGAUGAGAGGCUUUGCUGAAAAGAAAAAGGUCCAGCUGGGGCAGUUUCCUUCUGAGUUAUGGCAGCGGUGGCGAACAGCUUCAGAUGUUUUUAAUAAGAAAAGUUGUGAAUCUCUACUCUAGCAAUCCAUCUACGAACAAGGACAUAACCGGUCCGUGAAACUACUCAAUUAAAAUAUAUCAGCCAUAUUUAUUGACCUGCCUGAUCAGGUCACUGGGAACCGCUCGAGAGGCACCGUGCCCACUGCUGCGGCUCUCAGCAGCGCCCACAGCCCGGUCCUGCCCAGCACGAAGCUGGGGGGUCAGACUUCCCGGGUGAAAACAAAGACGUUCCAGGCUACCAGAUCCCUUGCAGAGCUAAUAUCCUUUCUUUUUAUGUGCACAAACUCACCACUGAAACCUGACCCUUACUAGUACCUGAGGGGCUUGGUGUUAAGCAAACAGAACAAAGACAGUCCCUGAGACUGCCUGGUCCCUGCUAAUAUUUUUCUGGAUUGGGUUAAACUUUGUAAGUGUAUCAAUCAGCUGCUUUCCCUUCAGCAUAAAUACAAAAAAGCCACCAGCUCCUCUGGAACAGGGGGGACCUCCACUCCUACCGAAGUCACAGCGGAGCUGGAGUGGGAAUAUUCGCCCAAGGGGAUGCCGAUGCAAGAUGAGAGCGCAGGAGAGAACCCCAGUUGUGCCCCGGUGUGCCUGCAGGGAACACAGCAAGAAAGAUCACAGAAAUCCUGGAAAGACAGGAAAGGCAUGAAGACCACAGGAAACGCCCUGGAUCCUUAAAAACAGCUGAAUGGGGUUCGCGAGGAGCCACCCUUCUACUGAUGCUCAUUGGAAUGGCACCAGCGCCCGGCCGUGAAUAUCAGGCACAGUUCAGCAUCUUCACUUCGGCAUCCCAAAACUGAGACGUGAUACCUCCAAGGCUCAAAGGGGGAUCUGGCAGCAGCCCCGUACAAAAGCCCCGGUGGGAAACAUUUAACUUCCCGAGAUGUUACUCCCACAGUGUACAUGAAGAGGAAUUGCUUCAGACAGUGCGAGCAUUGACUGAAGUCAGGGAGAGCUGUGCUGUUGACUUCUCUGGAGCAAGAUGGGAUCUGCUGCCUGCAGUCGGCAUUCCCCUCAGACGAGCACAGCUCUGGAAACGCCGUGCCGAUGGAAAAGUCCCACGGAGAAGGCAGAGCUCAUCGCUCUCAGGGUUAGAAGGAUCACCCUCCGGGCCUCAAAACAAGGCUCUGUUCCAGGAGCAGAUUGAAGAACUAAGAACUUUGUGAAAUGAAAGUUAGGAUUUCUGCAUGAUCCCUUCACUUCAAAAACUAAUGUUCUGAAAGAAAUACCCCGCCCUGCAACACUUGUUAAAAUACAGAUUUUUGUAGAAAGGCAAUUCUAAGCUAGCCACACAAAUUAGGUCUCAAGAAUAUGAUUCUCUACUUUUUAAAGCUGAUACGACAGCACAGGAACGAUGCAGUAAGGAGCCCAUCCUUUCAUCACGUGUGUUUUGGGGUUGAUUUCCGUGUUAUUUUAAAAACUUGCAUGGGAUUAGGCUUUUCAGUAACAAAAGCACAUGAACAUUUUUCAAAGCAACUCCCAGCUAUGCAGUUAAUCGCUCCAGUAAAAUGGAAUUUAGGGGAAAGCUUUCUGAGCUGCAGAGAACCGAAAAGGAGUGGGGUUUGGCCUGCGGGGGUGGGAUUCACCCCAAGCAAGGGGUGACGUGGACUUGAAAUGGGCCCAGGUCGUCAGCCAUUGAUUGACUUUAGCGGCAGUUUUGCCUUAGCAAAUAAGAGCUCGCAGGAACUUUUCAUUUGUGCAUCCGUAAGGGAAGAGAUUUGGCUUUGGCCGCCAGCCUCUUGGGUCUUUCUGGCUCUCUGGGGUGGUUCCUCUAGAUUUCAAAGCGUAUCAGCUGGGGCUGUUCAUGCAGUUGUAAAAACAAUGCGGAUUAAUGAGAGUCACUCCCUACUAGGUGACCCUGGAAAACCUGCUCUGCAGUCACAGAACGGCAAGAGUUUUUAUUCCGUUUUGGCCGGAGAGAAAUUAAAUCGUUAGACUUUUUCCCAUCAUCAGCACCCUCGUUGUGGAAACACAGCAGUCAAUUUUUACUGCGGUUCGGCAAGGCUGUCCUCAGCGCUGCACAUUUCCUGCUCGGCAUCCACCUUCCUCGCUUUUAAAAUUCAUUAUGGGUAAUCUGCUGCGAAAGAGAAUAUCGAGCCUGUAUGUCUCGACCACCCAGAUCUAUACACUCCUAUUGUCAGAUCUAUUUACUUCUGCUAUAAUAAAAGCGCUGGAGAGCAGAGCACAUGAGAAAGUGCUCCUAAGGAGAACACUGAAUCUUAAUCUUUGCCUUACACCCUCUUUAGCACUGUUUCUUCCAAAGCUGUGCACAUAUCUGUGCAGCUGUAUAUUUUCAGCGUACGUCACUGCAAAAUAAAUUAUUCAGGAUUGUUAGAUUACUUAUAAAUGACACCAAUCAAUUAACACCACAGCCGGCAGUCUUUGGGGCUUUUGUCAGAGGCCAGGAUGGUAAAGCUCUCAACUCCACAUUUCCCAGUAUGAAGGAUUAUGGUAAUGACAGCUUAUUUUUAUUGAAUUUUUAAUUGAUGAGUAAUAUCUCUGGACUCACUGUGCUAACAUUAGGUCUAGGGAGAGCUAAUCUCUUGAAGGAGAACAUGAUACAAGCAGAGCUGCCCUUCCCCAAACAAAAACCCUACUUGAAUGUGGCACCAAGCAAUCACGGGAGUUUGCUGCUGUCAGUUGUCAGAGUGUUUCACAAGCCUUUGCACUGGAGAUUUGUGCCUUUUCCUUACUGCACAGGCCUUCGAGGAGACCACGCAUUAACAUGCGCUUCACUGCUGUCCUGUAAUAAGGUGAAAAAAGUAGGGUGGCUCCAGGUCGUGUGAAACAAAGCAAGCAGCAGCCUGUAUUGAUCCCCGGGCCGAAGACGCCACGUUUCUGUUUGCAGGCUGGAAAAGCCUCAGGUCUCCCCGCUCUGCACCGCUGACAUUUCCAGCAUUUCUGCUGGCGUUACCAGCAAGGCCACCGGAGAGCAGGUUCUGCAACCCUCUCACAAAGGAACAAAUCCUACCGCUGGCUACAAAGCCACAGAGCCACGGAAUUAAAUAUUUGUUUCCCUUUCUCAACCGAAGGACAAAACCUGGGGUCCCCUCCUCCUUCCAAAAUACCCAGCCCCCAGGCAGAUUGUGCUGGUGCGUGCUCAUGGUGUGCACAGGGAGCAGAAGGAGGGAGGGAAGCAAGAUGCAACAGGGAUUUGUAGCACAUGUGCACUGGAAACAAACACAAAUUCUCCUGUGUGAGGAUGAUAGUGGUAUUGGUGUAAUGAGUUCUUCUUGGGUAAGUAAACAAGCUAAACUGAUCUGAUUUCCCAUGAAGGAUCUGGGUGACGGCCCACCCAACACAGGAAAGUCGGGUGGAUGGAAGUAGGACUACGGGAACGUCCAGUCCAGAGCUUGGCUUUAACACCAGCCAACACGGCCCUUUGCAUUACGUCCACAGACAAGCCCCAGUCAACACAGCUGGUCCACAGAGCUCAUGUGGGGCCAUUCACGAGACACCAGGUCUAGUUAGGAGGGACAGAAAUGCAUCAUCUCCGCUAUCUUAUGUUUUUCUCUGUGUCAAAACCUGCCCAACUCCUGAGAAGCAUCUCCCAUUAUGUAUUUUAAUUUUACCGUUCAGUAGCUCCCAUAUGAUAGUACUAUUUUUCUUAUUUCAGUGUUGUCCUUGACCUGCAAUGGCACUGGGUAUCUACCGCUCCUUGGCUAAUGUGUAUAAAUUUAGCUGGUAAGGUUGAAGUAUUAAAGAUUUCCAGCCAUUUUGGCCAUCAUUUUGACACUAUCAGAGGAAAAUACCUGUUUGAAGUUUAUUGGAGCUGGUGAUCAAAAAGUGGGGGAGGGGUGAAGUGUUGCUACAGCAUCUCCAGGAAGCAUCCAUUUUGUGAAUGUCUGAGAUUUUUUUUUUUUUUUAAUUGAUAUUUGACAUUUCAGCCAAGUCUGAAACCUCCAGGAUUUAAUUGCAGCAAAAUCAAUGGUACACCAGAAGUAAUGAGGUGUGCCUGAGUUAUCCUGAAAUAGAUAUAAUUGCAGUAUAACUCCCCCAGCAGGUCCCAGUUUCCCCAGCCACAGUCAGUAUCUCACUGUUUGCCAAGAGUAAAGGCGUCAGGAGCCCGUGGGAUGGAGCUUAAUUAACCAGGGUCCUCUCGUUCCCUGUUUUGAUUUUGAAUGACAGGUAGCAAAGAGCAUUUGAGAAAAGGAAAGGGUGCUGGAUGAAGAUGUUGGCUUGCCGGCAUCCUGAGGGUGCUUCACACUCGAGCGGUGAGGAAGACAAGUAUGGAAGUGUGAUGUCGGGGUGGAGUGAGCACUGGUGCAGAGGGCUUUGUUCAGCUGGGAGGUCUGGGUAGAAAUUAAUGGUGUUCUCAUUAGAACUGAGUUUUGACUUUCAGUGCAGCAUGGAAAAAUCUCUGCUACAGGCCAAGAUGAAAUGCUCUGUAAAUUAUCAGCUGUCACCAAUUAGAGCCACAGCUCUGAGACACGGCACUGCAUGGAGCUAGGGGACAAUAAGGGACCUGGCCAAGGGAGCUAUAGAAGCCACUGAGGCUAGGGAGUCUGUCCUCCUAAGGGACUCUGCGGUCCAAGUGUCUCUGCUCAGGAUUUCUUGCUGCCUGAUCUCUGCUGCCUUUCUUCCUCCUGGAGAGAAACAUGCCUAAGAUGUGGUGAAUCCAGGCUGGAUGUCUUCCACUGCCUGAGGAUGCUUGACUCCACACCUCCUCUGCUGGAGACCAGCAAGACACCAGCUUUCAACUUAUUUUACUGCACUGCCUCCUCUACUGCAGAGGUUCCCUUAUACACAGAGUAACUGUGCCUUAAUUAAGGGCACUCAGCUGGGGAGGCAGGAUACGCAGGCUGAAGGUGGAAUUUGAUGUGGGUCUUCCUACUGCUGCAACCACUGAGCUACAGAGGAAGCCUCCGUGGCCCCUCAGUGUUGUGCUAGAUUGUGGAUGAAACUUGUUUCUGAAAGGAAGAUAAUUUGAUAGAUUUGUAUUAUGCCUUCUUUUUUUUUUUUUUUUUUCCCAAAUAGAUCAUUUACAAGCCCAGGGAGAUGUAAUGGGGAUACACAGUCAUCUGGACUUUUACUAAAAAUAAUACAAGAUAAAUUUAGCUAAUGAGUUCAGCGUGUAUAUGUUUUAAUGGCUUUUCCCUGCUACAGUCUUAUACUGGCUCCUAUCGUACAUCAAUGCUUCUUUCAACACAUGUAAAUAAUACACAGAGCACAAUUCAAAUUCCCAUAGAAAGCAACUUGGUUUUAGUUACAAACAGAAAUAAAUGCAGCAGGAAUCGCAUAGAGCCAUUCAGGCAGUAUAUCAAAAGUUGGGCCAAAUUCUGCACCUUUUGCUCACAAAAAUAAUCUUUACUGACUUCCUAAUGUCACUGUGAUAAACAGGGCUAAAUUUUCUGAAAGAACUUUAUGUGGCAAUAUAUUCCAUAUUAGCUCCUAAUGCCAAAGGCACUUUAAAAACCUUCCAUAUGUCUAGCUAAAGUAUAGUGGAUGAGCUCCCUACAUUAAUAGAGAACAUAACCAAUCAAUUAGUAUAAAGACUCUCUCUCUCUCCCCAUAAUCACCUUAGUCAUACAUCAUCUAACUCUAGUGGUACUAACGCAAGACUUUUUAAAUAGCCUAUAUUUGUCAAUGAGGCUAAGAUUUUAAUGCAAGUCCCCUGUACCUAUCACUGUAGCUUACAAGAGCAGCUUGUGUAAAGUUCUCAACACUGGACAAAAAUCUGAGAUGUAAGUUUAAAUAUGCUAUAUGCCUCUGCGUAGUGAGCUGGGCCCACUCUUUGGACUUCUUAGAGAGUCUGGCCAUGCCGAUGUUGCUCAGAGAAGCAGAGCACAGUGUGUUACACGCGGCCACGUGCAGUGUUUGCUCCCUGCAGGUACCGUCUUAAUUCACAGAAGUCACUGAGCACCAUCAUGUAACAACAGUCUCCACUCCACAACAGUUAUUGUUAAUUUAGACCUAAACUUAUUCUGUGGUCAUGUUUUUCAUUGCACUUGCAAGUGGCACUUGCAAAAAUGUGCGAAGAAAAUAAUUGUCAGGCAGGCCUUCUCAAAUAUUGGUGGCCAAGGUGAUGAGGGUACCAAUAAUAGCGUAACCCUUUGCUUCUGCCUUGAGAUCUGAGUGACUGGGCUGUGAGACAUCUCCUUUCUUCUCACAGGACCAUUAUUUUGUUUCAUUGGCUUCUCUAUUUCUAUGAUGAUGCCCCGCUUCCUAAUCUGGGAAUCAGUUAAGAAUGAGCUGAUAGAGGCAAUGGGUAAAGGACAGAUGUUUGCUGUCUGAUCCUUUGCAACAGCAUGGCUUCUUCCAAAGUUUUUUUUAUCUGGACAAAGCACUAUAUACAGUUUACUAGUGGGAAGGGGCUUUCAGUGUGUAAUCGUGAAGCAGAAGUAGUGUAUACCUCUCUCCUUCACCUUGGUCUUAAUCUACAGCUUCAAGGUUUGAUCUUGUCCACCUGAAGAUGGCUGCUGUUGACUUCAGUGGGAUUAGGUAUUAGAAACAUGCAGAGGAGAUGAUACAGGAAAGUGCUUUACAGCCAGUCUGCAUGGAAAGAAUUGGAAAUACCAGGUGCAAGUUCAGGGAGAAGAAAGAUGCAGAUGUUGCAUUUUCUCCAUUUAGAAAUAGGCGUCCAAAAAUCAAUAUUCUUUAUACAUAGCUCUGAAAUAUGCUGCCUAAGGUGACUGGGACUCUACAGUGAUGUGUGUCCUAGAAAUCCGAUCAAUACAACAUCUGCUCCAAAGGUCUACCUUACUCAAACCAGGCAUAACUCCUGACUCCUUGGAACAUGGGCAGCUCCUGCAGAAAGUAAGCACAGGCACGCUCUCCAAUCAAGUGUGCUUAUUGGGAAUAACAUUUCAGAUACAGUUUGCCUGCUAACCCACUUAUUGUAGUAAGUUCUGCGAAUCUCAGACCUGUCCGGGAGAUUUUCUGUAAGAAGUAGAAAAUAUACGCUCAAUGCAGCAAACUGUGAUGAUAAAUGUAUGCUAUAUUGCUUCAUUCAAAUGUAUAUGUUUGUUCUUUUUCUCCUCAAAGCCUAAAUUCAUUGUGUAGGUAUGUGUAAUAAAUAUACCAAUUUAAUAUGGUAUCUUUCCUAGUACCUCUUGUCUUCUAAUAUGACCUUAAUAAUUUUUCAGAUCGAAAUAUGGUGGGAAGCAGUGAGGCAAAGUUUACAGACUGUUAUGAGGAAAACAGAAAAUUUCUCAGGCAUUCCCCCAAAUAUUUCCAUGUUCAGAGGAAUUCCUUUUAUCUUGAAGCUGGCACUGUACCAGAACGUUUGCCAUUUUAUGCCAUUUUUAUUCAUGUUCAUCCAAUCACCAGCUUUCUUAGGCAACCCACGCUUAAGACUUGGGUCUAGAUUUGCUAGACCUGCAGAAAUCAUGGAGACUGAACCUGUAGGAGGACACUCAUGUGUAAAGCCUUUCUGGUCCCUUGUGUUUUGGGUGAAGUGGACUAAUACAGAUAUUGUCAUCUUCCUAUGCCAAAGAAAGAAAAAUAUGCUAGAAAUUCACAUGCUUGAUAAAAUCAUCAGAGAGAACUAGAAGAGGAAUUUCAAAAUUCACCACCGAUCCCAAUUGGAAGUACAGGAAUCCCUAUUUUUUCUACAGUACUGCUUCCUUUUUAAAAACCGAUUACAUCUGAACUCACUUAAAACCAAAUCUGAUCAGAGCAAUCAGUUCAAAGGCAGGAUUCCUUUACCAUCAGUUGUAUUUAUGGACACUGAUUAGAAAUGUUCUGUGUGUGCUUGGGAUCUCCUUUCAGUUAAAUAUCUGCUUUCUUUAAUUCAGACCUUUAAUUCAAGGUCUUGACACUACCAGCAUACUGUGCAGUGACAGUCCCACACCAGCAAACCCCGAGCCUUGGUGCUGGAGCGAAUGUCUGGUAGAAAGGAGACCAUUUCUGUUAAAAAAUAUGUUUUUAGAUGCAUUUUUUUUGAGGGGGUGGAGAAAUGGCCUCUCCAAAAGCACCAUUCAAAUGCAGCAUGGUGUCACCUAAUACUUUUACAUAAUACUUCGGCAAGAUGGUAUAGUUUGAAAGGAGUAUCUGUGACUUUAAAGAGCCAUUCUGCUCUCAGGAACUAAGGCAAAUGCAUUCUUUUUCUAAAAAGGUUACCCUUAAUGAGCCUGUGGGGAAGCUAUUUCUGAGAGGGGCAUAUUUGAGUGCAGUGCUAUUAUUCCUAACAAAUUAGUCAUAUUGCAUCACCAACAUGAAACAAUGAAACUGAAGAGCCAGGGCGCUAAUUUGCUCUCACGCAUACUGGUGUAACUCCACUGGGCCUGAUUUUCUGGCACACCCGAGCUGGGAAGAGAUGUCUCGGAAAAGCCCGUUAUAGCCCGAAGACUGCUCCGCUCUCCCGAGGAGCGGGUGCCCCACCGGCCUGGGGACGGGAUGCGAUGGGAGCACGGCAGGCUCGGCCACAUCCCUCCCCGCCUUUCCUCUUCCCGUGCGCCGAGGGGUGUGUGGCAGCUUGGUGCCGGCCGGGAGCUCCCCAGGGAGAGGGCAGCCAGCUCGGGAGACCGGCCGUUUCCCACCUCCCUUUGUACUAUUGGGCUGAUGCAAAGCGGGGAAGCAAAUAUUGAAUCAGACGGAAUCACUCCCCUUUCCUGGCAUAGAAGAGUUGCAGAAGCCCAUCGUUUCUUAUGCCUGUUGAAAAGUACUGUUUCAAGGUUUGCUCCCUGGGCUGUUGCCCUGCCUCGGCUGUGCCCCUGUAGCUGCCGUGGGGCCGUGGGACCCCCAUGCCUCGCAAGGGCCGGGAGCUGCCAACGGGAAACAGGGGCUGCUGAAACAGACUUCUGUCUGUCCACCUCCUGGCAGACACUGCCAGGAGCUCCAGGGAAGAGGGAGAGCUGCUCACACUUGGAUUCCAAAAGAGUCAGGAUGGAGAUUAGCAGCGGGAAGGCAGUCAAAAAAGCGAGCCCCAAGGGAAGAUCUGAACCAGACGGUGGAUUAGGGUCUCCCGAGGGUGCAGCGAGGUCAGGUGAGGUGGCAAAGGAGGAUGGGCAGCUGGCACGCCAUCGCACAGGCUCCAGAAAGGGACUGAGUGAAUAUAAGAGAAACUUCAGAUGGAAAACCCCAGAGUUUUGUAGCCCGUCCCAACAGCAGAAAUCCUUGUGGGCAGGACUUCGGUCGGAUCAGUUUGGAAUCACGAGAGAACCAAAAUUCAUUUCCAAGAGAAGGGUACCUUACCAUAAUCCACAGAUUUCAAAGUCCUUUGAAUGGACAGCAGAUUGUGAUUUGAAUGACCCACUUGAAACUGAAGUUCUUAGAACUGCAGAGUUGCACACAGACCACAACAACAAUGAUGUGAAUCAGGAAAAAAUUGAAACGCCAGAAGGACCCAGACUCCCCCGAGAAGUUUGGUCACAUUCAGUAGACUCUAGAGGUGAAACAGCCCUUGCCCUUGCAGAAAACAACAUGAAGAGAUCACCCUCUGCAGCUUCAGCAAAUCAAAAUGAAGCACUUUCAUCUCCAAAAAAGGAAUUAGAAAAAAUGGGUAAUGGGCUUCACAGAGUCCUUCAGAGGAAAGCGGGCAUGAAUAUUUCACGUUUAAAUACUUUUCCCAGAAAUUCUGAAUAUCAAAGCCAAUUUGUUUGGAAGAGUCCUCAUGAAAAGUCACCAAUACUUGCAGCUGAACAGGUUAUUAGCAACACAAGUAAAUCCAUACCUCCAUUUAAAUCUCCUGCAAUUACUUCUGAAACUGCACAUGAGAGAAAUUUCAAAGGGUCUCCUCCUGUUAAGGGUCCACAAGAAAGAGGUGGUUCAGAAGAGAAAGAAUUUCCAGUUUGUGAACAAAGUAAGAGGGAAGAACCGUUUCAAAAGCCAGCAGAAGAUGCAGCAAAACAAGGGAAAUCAGAACAGAAACAUCCUAAACAAAAAAAUAAGCAACAUAUCAGUCCAAAGCCCCUCUCUUUACAUACAAGUCAUGGGAAGAUGAACACUGAAUAUAGGUCAAAAUUUUUGUCUCCAGCCCAGUAUUUCUACAAAGAUGGAGUUUGGUCUCGAAUCAGGAGUAAAGUUCCCAACCAAGCAUCUCAAAACACCUUAAAUUCCAUGUGGUAUAUGGAGGUGAGAGAACUUCGAGAAAGAGCAAAGGCUUACAGGCAACGAGUAGAAGGAACACACUUCUCCCGAUACCAUCUCAAUCAGAUCCUGUCCGAUAAUAACAGUCUUUGGGAUGUGUCCUCAAAUUCUAGUUCAGAAGAAGGCAUCAGCAACAACAUCAGAGCAUUAGAUCUUGCCGGAGUUUCUGAAAAAGAGACUGCACCAAGCCCCAAAAUGCUGCAGCAACCUGGCUCCAGAGAACAGCCACACCAGGACAGCACUGAGAAGAAAGACACGUCAGAUCCUUUAACUGUUCCAGUCAAAAGGCGUUUAGUUUGGGGUGAACAAGAAGGUACUGAAGAAAGGGAGAACCGGCAAUCAACAGAAGAGGAAAAAAACCAAGAUGAACAGGCUGCAGUUGUGGCUCAGCAAUUAGAAGAAAACAAUAAAGAUGCCAAUGAAGAUAAGAAAAUUGAAGGUGAGAAUGCCUUAGUAUUGAAUUCUUCUGCAGCUGUGUCAAAUUCUUCUUCUGUAUCCUCGAGGACAGGCGGCAGGCUUCCUACUCCAAAGCUGAGAGCGCUUGGUGGAGCUCAGAGGACUCAUCAUGAUCUCACUACCCCAACUGUUGGAGGUGCGGUUCUAGUGUCUCCUCCUAAAUUCAAGUCUUCAUCUUCACAGCAGAGAACACGAGGUUUAGGAACAGACCUUUCUUCAGCUAAGCAAGGUGCAAAAGACGCUUCCAAAAGAAGGUCCUUCCAGCCUGAUGUGGAAGUGGAAGCUGUUUCACUCCUUACCUCUCCACCUGCUGGGCUGGGAACUUUGGAUCCUCUGCCACUUAGGCAGGAUCAGUGGCCUCCUAACAGUGUUUCUGAUGAGCAAGUUCCUCUUGCUUCAGCCCAUCAAGAGCAUUCCUCUACACCUCCUGUGCUGAAGUCAGCCAAAAGCUGCUCUGUGCCUUGCUGGAGUCCCUCUCGUCGUAUUCAAGGGACUCUCAAGGAUCCAGAAUUCCAGCAUAAUGGGAAUGUUGGCAAUCCCAAAAUGAGAUCUUUCCAGUUACCCCUUCAGGAAAGAAGCUAUAAUGAUGAAGAUGACAGGUUGUCUCAGAUUUCUGCUCGCUCGGCAGCAUCUAGCUCACUUGCGUCUCAGAUACUGGAACGAGCUCGGAAGAGGAAGGAUUUCUGGGGCAAGACAUAAUCUCUCCCAGCUGUUGUAUAGAAACU